UAAUUGUAAACAUAGAGCGCAUUUACGUCACUAAAAAAAAAGGGGAGCCAAGUGCUUUGUUAUUUGGAUCGCAUUACGUACAUUACAGAUAAUGCAGAUGCGCAGGCACGUUUUUGUGUGCACGAUAACAUAUAUCGAGCACCGGUGGUAUUUAGUAAUGCCAGUCUCUGACAGGUCGCCAACGAGCAAUCAUGCCUACGUUUAUUGAGCGAAAAACGUAAGAGUAUUGUCAGUCGGUUUGUGGGAUUGUUUUUUUUUUAUUUUUUAUUUAUUUAAAUAUAAUUUUUAUUUACUUUUUUUUAUAAGAAAUAUUUAUUAAUAACAUUUAAUAUUAUUUAUUUUUAUUAUUGUGAUUAAUUAUAAUUUUAAAAAUUUAAUUUUCAUAUCAAACAGUUGGGUCAUAGUAUGAAAUUAAAACAACUACAGUUUGUCGAUUUUAAAUCGUGUUAAUUUAUUGUUAUCAUAAAGACUUUUAAAUUUAGAAAAACUGAUAGUGAUUUAAUAAUCGUUGAAAAAAAUUAAAAGAAGAAAAGAAACUCUUCCAUUUUUUUUCUAAAUGCUGGUAUAUAUUUUAUUUUUUUUUUGAAUAAAAUUUAUAAAGAACCUUGGGACCAACCUUACACAAAUAUUUUUCCAAUAUAUGUCGCUCAAUAACGUCAAGCAUAUCUGAAAUGGACAAUAAGCAACAUCUUCAAGAACAAGGCAGUGUAAUGCCAUUAUGUCGUAUUUCAAAUAAAGACAAUGUCAGCAGUCUAGAAACUUCUCCAUCGAAUGCCAAUAUUGAUACAAACUUGAGUUGUAAGUCAGUUGAUCAUGAAGAGCUACUUGACAAUAUUGAUCAAACAGCUGAUUCACUUUCUCUUUAUGAUAUACCAAAUGCCUGUGAGAGAGCAGCUCUCAGGCUAAGAUGUUUGCUUAGACAUUUGCAAAGAGGUGAAGUAUCAGCUGAUACAUUACAAAGAAAUCUUCACUUUGCUGCAAGAGUAUUAGAAGUGGUACUUUCAGACAAGACUAACAGAGUAAGCCCAACUAGACAUGAUCAUUCGCAGUAUUCAUGUAGGAAUGAGCCAAAUUCAACAACAGCUGAAGAAGGUAGCAUUGAUAUGGAUGGACUACCAAGACAUUCAGUCACAAUACAAAAACGAACUCUUAGACCUCCAGUAUGGGCAAGACGAAUAGCAGAUGAUGAUGAUGAAUUAUCAGAAGUACAACCAGAUGCUGUUCCACCAGAAGUUAGAGAAUGGCUUGCAUCAACAUUCACGCGACAAGUAGCAGCACCAAAACGUAAAGCUGAAGAAAAACCAAAAUUUCGUUCAGUUGCACAUGCAAUUAGAGCUGGAAUAUUUGUCGAAAGAAUAUCACGAAAAGUUACGAAUAGUGUAAUGAUGCGAUUUCCACCUGAUGUUAUCAAAGUUUUAAAAACUCUAGAUGACUGGUCAUUUGAUGCAUUUUCUUUGAGCCUUGCUGCAAAUGGUACGCCAGUUAAAUAUCUUGGUUACGAUUUAUUAAAUCGUUAUGGAAUAAUUCAUAAAUUUAAAGUUAUACCACAAGUAUUAGAAAAUUUUUUAACAAAAAUUGAAGAAGGUUACUGCAGGUACAAAAAUCCAUAUCACAAUAAUCUUCAUGCUGCUGAUGUUGCACAAACUAUGCAUUAUAUUUUAUGUCAAACAGGAUUAAUGAACUGGCUAACUGAUCUUGAAAUAUUUGCAACAUUAGUAGCUGCAGUUAUUCAUGACUACGAGCAUACAGGAACGACAAAUAGUUUUCAUGUGAUGUCUGGUAGUGAAUCAGCUCUUCUUUACAAUGAUCGUGCUGUUUUAGAAAAUCAUCAUUUAUCAUCUAGCUUUCGCAUUCUUAAAGAAGAAGAUUGUAAUAUUCUUAAUAAUUUAUCAAAAGAAGAAUAUCGUGAAUUUAGAACACUGGUCAUUGACAUGGUACUUGCAACAGACAUGAGUUUUCAUUUUCAACAAUUAAAAAAUAUGAAAAAAUCAUUGAGUCUUGGUGAGCCAAUUAUUGAUAAAAAUAAAGCUGUUAGUCUUGUUCUUCAUUGUUGUGAUAUAUCACAUCCAGCAAAACGAUGGGAUCUUCAUCACAGAUGGACAAUGCAAUUACUAGAAGAAUUUUUUCGACAAGGUGAUAGAGAAAGAGUUAUGGGUUUACCAUUUUCACCAUUAUGUGAUAGAAAUAAUACUCUUGUUGCUGAAUCACAAAUUGGAUUUAUUGAAUUUAUUGUUGAACCCAGUAUGCAAGUGUGCAGUGAUAUGUUAGAAUUUAUCUUGACACCAUUUAAUACAACGGAUAAUAUAAAUAACUCAAGUCCAACAAUGGAAAGGAGAUCUAAAUUCAAAAAGCCAUGGGUAAAAUGCCUCGGCGAGAAUAAAAAAUUUUGGAAAGAAAGAGCUAUUCAAGACGCACAAGCUAAAGCUCAAAAAGACGCUGAAAAAAAUUACGAAGAACUUGAUGAUAAAAAAUAAUUUAUAAAAAACAUACAUCUAGAAAAUAAUCAAAUUUUAACUGAAUGAUAAAAGUAGUUAAAAUUUGAUUUGAUAAAAGAAAAAAAAAAAAAAUAUCUUGACCUGUAUUUUUCUUUAGAAUAUACUUGAAAAUAAUAAAUCAUUACUGUGAUUGUUAUAACUUGAAAUCUUGAAAAAGCUGACUGAAGAAUCACUGACUAUCCUCUCAGAAAUAAUACUCAAAUAAUAGUAAUCAAAUGACAAUUUUCAUUUCUUUUUUCAUUGAUUAUAUCAAUAUGUCGCCAGCAUAUAAAUACAUAAAAUAUAUCAAAUUGAAAAUGUAUUUUCAUCAAGUAUUUUUUAUUAUUUAAUUUUUCUUUUAAUAAUUUAUUUAACUAUAAGAAUUAAAAAUAUAAAAAAUGUCAGCACAGGAAUAUGAUGAUAAUAAUAAUUAAUGUAAAUUUUCCAUAAGUUUAAGAAUAGCAAAAAAUAAUUGAAACUUUUUCAAGUUAAACUUGGUAAAGGGAUACUUGUUGUUGAGUAUUAAUUUCUUCCCUGAUUGAUAGUUUACAUUAUACAAAGUCAUGACAAAGAGCCAUGCAUCAAAUAAGCCACUAUAUAUAUUAUAUGUCUAAUAAUAAUACAUGUAUAGAACAAUAAAAAUUCAUACGAUAUAUUUAAAUAGUCAUGAGAUAGAUAUUAUACAUCUUUUUUUUAUUUUAAAUAAAAAUGUAUAGCCUGAUUUUAUUUAAAAAAUUUUUUUCGACAAAGUUGACGUCAAAGUUUGUAACAGUUACAUAAGUACCUACUUAUAAUUUUAAAUUAAAUUCUCUAGUACAAAAUUUUAUUAUUGAUUUGUACUACUUUAAAGCAAAAAACAAAAAAAAAAAAAUACUUGAAAAAAAAAAAACAUAGUUACUGUGUAGUAGAAAAAUAAAAUAAUUGAAUAAAUGUGGUUUUUUUUUUUUUCAUGUAAAAAUUUAAAGAAAAAAAAAACGCACAUAAUGUUAGCACUUAUUUACAAAUUAAUUUUUCAGUAUUAGUUUGUAUACAUACACACAAUUUUUUAAAUGUGUAAAACAGGGACAAAUAUAAAUUAUGCGGGUCCAUAAAAUUUUUUGUGUUCAGUAUUAGCCUUCUACAUAUUUUUUUUGUACAUAUCUUGCAGUUAAAAUCAACACUAAUUAUUUAAAAAAAAAAUAAAAUAAUAACGUACUUGUGAUUGUACUAAUCACAUGAUAAAUAAUUUAAUAAUUUUAGUUAAACUAUAUAGAAAAUUAUAUUAUAAAAAAAAAAAAACAGAUUGAUAUAUAGAAAAUAAAUAAAAUAGUAAUACUGUUAUUUUCCUGAUGACUAAAUCACAAAAAAAAAAUCUUAAAUCAAUGAUUUAUUGUUAUUAUUUAGUAUUUGUUAAUUUAAAUUUUUCAAAUUUAUAUAUUGUUGCACUAUUUGGCAGCUCAAUGGAUUUUCAUUAAUUUAAAAUUUAUGAUUUUAUAAAUAAUAAUUAAAUUGAAAAUAAAAUCAAUUGAGUUAUCAAAUAAUGAAAUCAAUUGACAAUGCACUGAAUAUUUGUAGCGAUUUUAUCGCUAAUUUAAAUUUUAUUAUUUGUACCUAAACACAAUAAAUUUUCAAAUGUAAAUUUAAGAACCAAAAAAAAAAAAAAAAUACAUAUGUGCAAAUGUAGUGCGAAAAAAAUACUAAAUACUUAUUAAUUGUAAGAUCAUAUCAAGUAUAUAAUAAAAGUAUCUAAGUGUAAUAGAUAAUUAAUUUCACAAAAUAUGCAUUGAAAUUGAAGUAGUAUUUUAGCUGAGAAUAUUUUGGAAUGAUAUAAGCAUUUAAAUAAUUUCGAUUUAGAAAUAAACAAGUAAAGAAAAAAUUAAAGCAAAAUGAUAUUGAAAUAUAAAUCAAUUGUUUAUUGAAUUAAUAAAAAGAAAAUAUAUAUUUAAAAUGUUCAAGAUGAUUUUUAAAAUUAGCUAUCUUUAAAAUCAUUCCAAAAAAUUCUUAGCUAUUGUCUGACUAAGCUGAAUAUCAAACAAAAAAUAAAUCUGAAAGCAUAUAACUUUGUGAUACUGUGUAACCUCUAGUGAUCAUCAGAUGGUUAGAAAUUUAAAAAAAAAAAAUAGAAUAUAUAUUUGACUGUAUAUAAAUAUAAAUGGAUAAAUGAUCAAAUUAAAUUUCAUAUAUGGUUAUAUCGCCCGACCAAAAAUCAAACUUUGUCAGGAGAUCUUACUGGACAAUUUUAAUGUUACCUUUUGGGAAUAACGAUAUGAAAUUAUAUAUGAAAUUUUCGAUCGUAAAAAGCUGUUAAUAGCUCUGGCACAAGCUGAACUUUGCUAAAGUAUUAGCUAUACAUUUGAAAGUUGACUAAUCCAUAUACCAAUGCGAUCCUAGUCAUGUAAAAAUAUACUAAAUUUAUUUUAUUCUCAAUGAGGAUUUUGAGCAAUCGUAUAUCAAUCUCAGCUUGUCAUUUCAAACAAAUAAUGUCUAAUGAAUUUUUAAUAAUGACAAACAACACGUGUCUUUAUUUAUUUAUUUAUUUUUUUUAAUUAAAUAACAUUAUUUUUUUUAUUUAUUUAUUUUUACACAGUUUUUUUAUAGAUUCAGGUGGUUUAUUGCCUUUUUCGUGAAGAAAAAAAUUAUAAUAAUUAUUGAAAUGCUUUGGGGUGAUAUAAAAAAAAUUAAUAAAUAUUUUGGAUAUUGUUUUUGAUAAUAUUCAAAAAAAAAUAGAGAAAAAAAGUCUUUAUUUAGAUUUUUUUUUGUUAUUUUAAUUGACAUGUUACAUAUCUUAUUUAUAGACGAAAAUAAAAUUAGGAAAUGUAAGGUAUAAAUAAAUUAAGUAAGGAUUAUUUAUGGCAAAAUGAAUGUGAAUAAUUUGAAAAUACUUUGUUGGAUUUUAUUUUUAAUUUGCCUCUGGUAUUGAAUUGAUUUUGUCAUGUUAAAAAUUCAAACAAGAGCUGCUAAAAAUAAAUUAAAUUUAGCUGGCAGUUGAGACUUGAUUGAUUAUAAAUUUUUCGAAAUUUUUAUUGAGAACAAAGAAAUGAAAUAAUAAUUCGUUUCUAUAGAUACCAAAUAAGUUAGUAUUACAGUGAUAAAAGUACCAUUCAUAAAUUACGUAGGAUAUUUAUUUUUUAACCGAAUAAUUUACAAAAAAAAAAAAAAAUCAAAAAAGCAAU